CUCCUGCAGUUCAGGUUCGGAGCGAGUGGCGGAUCGAAGGGGCCGCUGGUCUCAGCGCAGGAGGCCCAGGCACAGGCCAUCCUCCAGCAGGCACGGUUGGCUUUACGAGGUGCAUCAGGACCAAUGGGCUUCACGGGAAGACCGGGACCUCUGGGCAACCCAGGUGGAUCGGGACUGAAGGGAGAUCAUGGAGACUUGGGGCCUCAGGGACCACGAGGAGGGCAGGGACCACCCGGACCCUCUGGCAAACCUGGCCGCAGGGGACGGGCCGGUGCAGAUGGGGCACGGGGCAUGCCCGGGGAACCUGGCAUCAAGGGAGGCCGAGGCUUUGACGGACUGCCAGGAUUGCCGGGAGAGAAAGGGAACAGGGGAGAGCAGGGAGCGCAGGGACCAAUGGGACUGACCGGGGAAGAUGGAGAAACGGGUGAUGAUGGUGAUGUUGGACCCAGAGGCUUACCUGGUGAGACGGGCCCAAGAGGACUACUCGGACCCAAGGGACCUCCUGGGCUGCAAGGACCUCCGGGCAUUCGAGGAAUGGAUGGACCACAUGGCAUCAAAGGCAGCCUGGGACCGCAGGGAGAACCCGGACCACCGGGCCAGCAAGGUGUCCAUGGAACUCAGGGAACACCUGGACCUCAGGGAGCCAUGGGACCUCCAGGCCACAAGGGACCAACUGGAAAACCCGGCCUGCCUGGAAUCCCAGGAGCUGACGGACCACCUGGUCAUCCAGGGAAAGAAGGUCCAUCAGGUUCCAAAGGCAACCAGGGUCAGACUGGUCCUCAGGGUCCAAUCGGCUAUCCUGGCCCACGUGGUGUGAAGGGAACGGAUGGAAUCCGCGGCUUGAUGGGACACAAAGGCGAGAAGGGUGAAGAUGGCUUCCCAGGAUUCAAGGGUGACAUGGGUCUCAAGGGCGAUCGGGGGGAGCUUGGACCGAGCGGGCCCCGUGGAGAGGAUGGACCUGAGGGGCCCAAAGGUCGGGUGGGACCUCCAGGUGACCCGGGGCCGCUAGGUGCGACAGGUGAGAAGGGUAAACUUGGAGUACCUGGUCUACCUGGAUACCCUGGUCGACAAGGCCCCAAGGGUUCGCUCGGUUUCCCGGGAUUCCCAGGUACCAACGGCGAGAAGGGAGCUCGGGGCUUGCAAGGCAAACUGGGACAAAGGGGACAACGUGGACCCACGGGACCGAGAGGUCAACGUGGACCAAGGGGAGCGACUGGCAAACCGGGAUCAAAGGGAACCUCAGGGACUGAUGGACCUCCUGGCCCUCUUGGUGAAAGGGGACUUCCUGGACCACAAGGACCUACUGGAUUCCCCGGACCAAAGGGACCUCACGGACCACCAGGAAAGGACGGACUACCAGGACAUCCCGGGCAGAGAGGGGAAGUGGGUUUCCAAGGCAAGACUGGCCCAACUGGACCACCAGGUGUUGUGGGACCACAGGGCUCCAGUGGUGAAACGGGACAGAUGGGUGAGCGAGGACAUCCCGGACCUCCAGGACCACCUGGAGAACAAGGACUAUCCGGCCCGUCUGGGAAGGAAGGCACAAAGGGUGACCCUGGACCCCCCGGAGGCCCCGGCAAAAACGGACCCCCUGGACUGAGAGGCUUCCCUGGUGAGACCGGAUUGCCUGGAACGCCGGGCGGCUCUGGAUUGAAAGGCAGCGAAGGACCUCCCGGCCCACCCGGACCAGCAGGCUCCCCAGGUAUCCGUGGCAAGUCGGGUCCAGGUGGUCCCAUCGGCCUGCCAGGACGUCCCGGACCACAGGGGCCACCCGGGCCUGCUGGAGAGAAAGGAGUGCCGGGCGAGAAGGGGCCAAUCGGCCCAGCCGGUCGUGAUGGUGCCCAAGGUCCAGCAGGUCUUCCAGGACCCGCAGGAACUCCCGGAGGUCCUGGUGAGGACGGUGACAAGGGUGAAGUCGGGGAAGCAGGACACAAAGGAAGGAGGGGCGACAAAGGAGAACAUGGUCCACCUGGACCUCCUGGUCCCAUCGGUCCCGUUGGCCAACCCGGUCCCGCUGGGGCAGAUGGUGAAACUGGAGCCAGAGGCCGACAAGGUCACUUUGGACAGAAGGGAGAUGAAGGGCCACGAGGCUUCCCGGGAUCUCCUGGUCCAAUUGGCUUGCAGGGAAUGCCUGGACCAUCAGGGGAGAAGGGUGAAACGGGUGACGUCGGUCCCAUGGGUCCACCAGGUCCUCCAGGACCAAGAGGUCCAGCGGGUCCAUCGGGAGCAGACGGUCCCCAAGGUGGACCUGGUGGAAUCGGCAACCCAGGGUCCAUUGGAGAGAAGGGUGAAUCUGGUGAAUCCGGUGCUCCAGGAAUCCAAGGCAUUUCCGGCGGCAGGGGUCCAAAAGGUGAAAGAGGGGAGAGAGGAGAGACUGGGCAACCAGGCGCCGCUGGGCCACCUGGAACCAAAGGACCCGUUGGAGACGAUGGACCCAAAGGCAAUCCUGGUCCGGUUGGGUUUCCCGGCGAUCCUGGUCCUGCUGGUGAAGUCGGUCCACGUGGUCGCGAUGGUGCCAAAGGUGAACGAGGAGAAGAUGGAGAGCAAGGGCAAGCUGGAUCUCCCGGCCCUACAGGUGAAGUGGGUCCACCAGGUCCUCCUGGGAAGAGGGGUCCAGCUGGAACACGAGGUCCAGAGGGGCGAGAGGGAGAGAAAGGCAAGAAGGGAGAAGCCGGAGCAGUCGGACCUCACGGGAAGACCGGAGCUGUUGGACCCCAGGGUCCCGGAGGGAAGCAAGGUCCCGAUGGUCUCCGCGGAAUUCCCGGAGCAGUGGGUGAACAAGGAAUUCCUGGAGUCCCAGGACAGGUCGGCCCACCUGGCCCAAUGGGUCCCCCUGGUUUGCCUGGACUGAAGGGAGAUGGCGGAUCCAAGGGAGAGAAGGGUCACCCCGGUCUCAUUGGAUUGAUUGGACCUCCAGGAGAACAAGGGGAGAAGGGAGAUCGAGGAGUCCCUGGUCGGACGGGACAGGGAGGUGUUAAAGGCGAUGAUGGUAUUUCUGGUGGAACUGGCCCCAUCGGCCCAGGAGGCCCUCCAGGUUUACCGGGUUCCCCUGGUCCAAAAGGUUCCAAAGGUUCUAUGGGCACUGCCGGUACUAAAGGACAACGAGGUGUUCCUGGUGCUGCUGGCGCUCCUGGUCCUCCAGGUGAAGUUAUUCAGCCGCUGCCCAUCCAGAGGCGCAAGAAGAGCAAGCGCUCGGUGCCCAUCGACGGGAGCCAGAUCCUGCCAGACGAGAGGAUGAUGGACGAUGAGAUCAUGGACUACGCCGACGGCAUGGAGGAGAUCUUCGGGUCACUGAACUCACUGAAAACGGAGAUCGAGCAGAUGAGGCACCCAAUCGGCACCAAGGAACAUCCUGCCCGGACCUGCAGAGACCUACAGCUCUGUCACGAGGAGUACACUGACGGUGAAUAUUGGGUCGACCCCAACCAGGGCUGUGCGGCUGAUGCCUUCAAGGUUUACUGUAACUUCACCGCAGGAGGAGAGACCUGCAUCUUCCCAGACAGAAAAUCCUCAGGGGUGAAGAUGUCCUCGUGGAACAACGAGCACCCCGGCGCCUGGUUCAGUGAGUUCAAACGAGGAGCGCAGUUAUCCUACGUGGACUCGGACAAUAACCCCAUCGCUGUGGUCCAGAUGACCUUCCUGCGGUUACUGAGUGUGGCGGCACGCCAGAACUUCACCUACCACUGUCACCGCUCGGUUGCCUGGUACCACAUGGCAGCCGACAACUACAACAAGGCCAUGCGCUUCCUGGGCGCCAACGAUGAGGAGAUGUCCUUCGAUAACAAUCCAUACAUCAAGGCCAUCGUGGAUGGCUGUGCACUGAGGAAAGGCAGUGACAAGACUGUUCUGGAGAUCAACACUCCGCAGGUCGAACAGAUGCCCUUCGUGGACGUGCUGUUCACUGACUUCACCGAGCCCAACCAGAAGUUUGGCUUCGAUGUGGGACCUGUUUGUUUCCAGGGCUAAAGCUCAGCCGCCCAAUGACCCCCACAACCAACCCGAACCACCAUGACUAGCGUCACUACCGCCCGCUGACUCCCCACCCCCUCCCUCUUCUCACCCCUGUUCGCCUGAGCUACGACUCGAGGAACGGAAGUCACCCCAGGCUCGCUUUGCUCACCUUACAGAAGACCAGAAGAACAGUUACUUACGUGAAGCAAAGCGCAACACAGCAAAAAUGACCUGUUGUACCAUCAACUGCAUCCUCCUCCCCUCAUCCUCCAUCACCUUUACCACCAGUUUCCCUCUGGAGGUAGUGGCCUGGUUUGGCGCUGAGUGUUAUAUUUUUAUUAAGGAAAGCAGCCAGAAGAGAAAUAUUCCUUUUUUUCUAAUUAAAAAUGUUCUCCAUAGAUUGUAAUAUAAAAAAAACCACAGCAGAAAAGAGAGAGACGAUAUUAUUUAAUUCGUUCACCUGCCAUAAAAUUGAACCAAACAGCAAAUAAAAGAAUAAUUAAGUCUGUGAAGCUUUACUAGUAAAUAUGGUGCUCCAAAAUUGUAUUUACUCUCCUUUUUUACAAAAUGAAAAGGUGCUCAGAGUGUUAUUAUAUGUUUGUAAGUAUUUGUUAUUUCUAAUGUAAAAUAUAUCUAUAAAUUGCUGCUUGUCGUGUUACUUUUCUGUAUAGGAAGGUGGCUGGUGCCUUUUCUAUCUCUCUUUCUCUUAAUCAUCUGCUUCCUUCUCUCUUGCCAUUGACGCACUCUCACUGGUGCAUGUUCUCCUGAAGUCACCUUCUCUCUCUCUCUCUCUCUCUCCCUCUUCCUCACCCGCUCCCGCCCUCCUCUCGCCCACCUCUCGCCCACCCUUCUUCUCCUCCCUGGCAUUUAUAGUUAUUUGCACAAUCCCGCAUUUACAGAUUCCAGAUCCCUGGCAAAUGCGUGCUUCCACUGAUGUGGAUCUGCAUGCAAUGACCCCCCCCCCCCACUCCUCCCUCCAAGGUUAUCUGUAGUUGCAUGUCAGAGCACUCACUGUACUGUACUGUUUCUGUCUCAGUCGAGCGAAUCUUUGAAUAGAUCGAAAAUCACCAACA